CCCCAGCGGGCGGCGGCGGGCCCGGGCUGCGCGACCCGAGCGAGCCCCAUGCCCCGCGCGGGCUGACGGGCCGGAGCCCGCACGGAGCGGCCGGGCCGGACAGGUCCCGCUAGAGCGACAUGAUGGUGGAAUCCGCCUCGGAGACAAUCAGGUCAGCUCCGUCUGGUCAGAACGGCGUGGGCAGCCUCUCUGGGCAGGCCGAUGGCAGCGGCGGCGGCGGGCCCGGGGCUGCGGGCACUGCCGGAGGCAGCGCGGGCAGGGACACGGCGGCGGGUGCAGACAGUAACGGCGAGAUGAGCCCUGCGGAUCUGCUGCACUUCCAGCAGCAACAGGCUCUCCAGGUGGCCCGGCAGUUCCUGCUACAGCAGGCCUCUGGCCUGAGCUCCCCAGGGAACAAUGACAGCAAGCAGUCAGCCUCUGCGGUGCAGGUGCCCGUGUCAGUGGCCAUGAUGUCGCCGCAGAUGCUUACGCCCCAACAGAUGCAGCAGAUCCUGUCGCCCCCACAGCUGCAGGCCUUGCUCCAGCAGCAGCAAGCACUCAUGCUCCAGCAGCUGCAGGAAUAUUACAAGAAGCAGCAAGAGCAGCUCCAUUUGCAGCUCCUCACCCAACAGCAGGCUGGGAAGCAGCAACCCAAAGAGGCACUGGGGAAUAAGCAGCUGGCCUUCCAGCAGCAGCUUCUACAAAUGCAACAGCUACAGCAGCAACACCUGCUCAACCUGCAGAGACAGGGGCUGGUCAGCCUGCAGCCCAGCCAAGCCUCCGGGCCCCUCCAGACCCUCCCACAAGCCGUGUGUCCCACGGACCUGCCUCAGCUGUGGAAGGGCGAGGGUGCUCCCGGGCAGCCUGCCGAGGACAGCGUCAAGCAGGAGGGGCUGGACCUCACUGGCACGGCCACCACCGCUACCUCGUUCGCCGCCCCCCCCAAAGUCUCACCCCCGCUCUCCCACCACACCUUGCCCAAUGGACAGCCCACUGUGCUCACACCUCGGAGAGACAGCUCCUCCCACGAGGAGACACCCGGCUCCCACCCCCUCUAUGGACACGGAGAGUGCAAGUGGCCUGGCUGUGAGACCCUGUGUGAAGACCUGGGCCAGUUUAUCAAACACCUCAACACAGAGCACGCCCUGGACGACCGGAGCACCGCCCAGUGCCGGGUUCAGAUGCAGGUGGUGCAGCAGCUGGAGAUCCAGCUCGCCAAGGAGAGCGAGCGGCUGCAGGCCAUGAUGGCCCAUCUGCACAUGCGGCCCUCCGAGCCCAAGCCCUUCAGCCAGCCACUGAACCCGGUCCCCGGCUCCUCCUCAUUCUCCAAGGUGACCAUCUCCGCAGCAGACUCGUUCCCAGAUGGCCUCGUGCACCCGCCCACCUCGGCUGCAGCCCCUGUCACCCCUCUAAGGCCUCCAGGCCUGGGCUCUGCCUCCCUGCACAGCGGGGGCCCUGCCCGCCGGAGGAGCAGUGACAAGUUCUGCUCCCCCAUCUCCUCAGAGCUGGCCCAGAAUCAUGAGUUUUACAAGAAUGCGGACGUCAGGCCCCCCUUCACCUACGCCUCCCUCAUCCGCCAGGCCAUUCUGGAAACUCCUGACAGGCAGCUGACCCUGAACGAGAUCUACAACUGGUUCACCAGGAUGUUCGCCUAUUUCCGGAGAAACACUGCCACCUGGAAGAAUGCCGUGCGGCACAACCUCAGCCUGCACAAGUGCUUCGUGCGUGUGGAGAACGUCAAAGGUGCCGUGUGGACUGUGGACGAGCGGGAGUAUCAGAAGCGGAGACCACCAAAGAUGACGGGGAGCCCCACCCUUGUGAAGAACAUGAUCUCCGGCCUCAGCUACGGAGCACUUAACGCCAGCUACCAGGCCGCCCUGGCCGAGAGCAGCUUCCCCGUCCUCAACAGCCCUGGCAUGCUGAACCCCGGCUCUGCCAGCAGCCUCCUGCCCCUCAGCCAUGACGACGUGGGCGCCCCCGGGGAGCCGCUCCCCAGCAACGGCAGUAGCAGCCCACCUCGCCUGUCCCCACCCCAGUACAGCCACCAGGUGCAGGUGAAAGAGGAGCCAGCCGAGGCAGAGGAAGACAGGCGGCCCGGCCCCGCCCUGGGGCCCGCCAACCCCAGCACCACAGGGCCUGCGGAAGACCGGGACCUGGAGGAGGAGCUGCCAGGAGAGGAACUCUCCUAAGGGCCUCGAGGGGCAGGCAGGGCAGGGGUGAGACCCCUCCUGGAACCCAGGCCCCAUACACCCCCCACUCCACAGCCCCGCCCAAACCUCAAGGCACUUCCAGGACUCAGAUGGGGGGGCUGGGCCAUCAACUCCCAAUGUGACCAGACUGACAGACGCUUGGGGCAGGGAUGGUUCCGCCCCCGAGGGGACACAGAACCCCUGGUCUGGGACCAGCAGAGGACACCGAGGGCCCAGGCCCCUCCGCAGACCCUCCCUACAUCUGAACCCCGCUCCUCUGAGGCCACCAGCAGCAGCAGGGCCCUCCUCCCCCACCAGCUCUCCCCUACAGGGCCCCUCAGCGCCAUGGAGACCCGCAGGCGGGGCUAAGCCACCCCUCUCAAACCCAGGGCCCCUCGCACCUGGCUCUGGCAGUGUUUUUCUGGCCAGAGGCCCCCACUUCCCUAAUUUGUGCUCCUUCCACCUUCUUUUCCAUACUGUGAAGAAAUAAUUCUCCACCCUUGACUCCUAUCCCUGCCCUGGCCUGGGUGGAGGAACUGAAGUUUCCAACCAUCCCCAGAAGAAAGGAUCCCCCGCCGCGGGGCCACCCG